GCAGCAUCCACUCAUUCACCGUUGACUAACCGACAGUAAGAAAAUGUCUGGCCGCGGAAAAGGAGGCAAAGGACUCGGUAAAGGAGGCGCCAAGCGUCACCGUAAAGUUCUCCGUGAUAACAUCCAGGGAAUCACCAAACCCGCCAUCCGCCGUCUGGCUCGCCGUGGCGGUGUGAAGCGUAUCUCCGGUCUGAUCUACGAGGAGACCCGCGGUGUGCUCAAGGUGUUCCUGGAGAACGUGAUCCGUGAUGCCGUCACCUACACCGAGCACGCCAAGAGGAAGACCGUCACCGCCAUGGACGUGGUGUACGCUCUGAAGAGGCAGGGCCGCACCCUGUACGGCUUCGGGGGUUAAAGCUCAUCCAGACCCGCUGAUAACGAACCAAAGGCUCUUUUAAGAGCCACACACUCUAUCUGCAGAGCUCACAGUCCUCAAUGUGCCUUCAUGUUUAAUAUAAAUUCAUAAAAUAUAUUUAACCGGGUCACUGUAGUGUGUUAGUGGACUGAAUAAUGAAAGGUUGUACAUUUUCAGCUGAUUAUAACAAUGUGGUCUGAAUUAGACCUGUUGGUGUUUCUGUGCAGGUUGAAAAUGUAAACAUUGUUUUCAGGCAUUUUUAUAUUUUGUACAUAUACAGUAAUGCUUCUGCACUAUAUCUUCUCCUUUUAUAUAAACUUUAUUACAUUUUCAUUCAUUACACACAAGUAUUUGAUAUUGAGCAAAACAGUAAUGAUGUAUAUUAAUAAAUGUUGCUGCAAUAAUCCAACCAUAAAUAAUCCAGUUUGCAUAAAGUAUAAUGAAAAUAAAUCUUUUGUUUUAUAUAAUUA